GGGAAUUUAAGAGUAUUCUGUUCGGCGGGGAUUUUGACGUAUACAGGCGUGUGUACGAGGAUGGCUUUAAGGACACAGUUUGAAGGUCAUAAUGACAUCGGAGUUUUCUCGAAGCUUACAAAUAAUUACUGUUUGGUUGCCGUUGGAGGUUCUGAGAAUUUCUACAGUGUUUUUGAAGCUGAGCUUGCUGAUAACAUUCCUGUUGUCCAUACAACAAUUGCUGGCAUACGGACCGUUGGAAGACUAACUAUUGGUAACACUCAUGGCCUGCUCGUACCGCACACGACGACCGAUCAAGAGUUGUUUCACUUAACAAACUCAUUACCGGAUAAAGUGAAAGUAAUGCGCAUAGAAGAACGCUUAUCAGCACUUGGGAACACAAUGGCUUGCAAUGAUUACGUAGCUCUAGUCCAUCCUGAUCUGGAUAAGGAGACAGCAGAAUUAGUCAGCGACGUGUUGAAUGUUGAAGUAUUCCGUGGGGUUAUCGCGAACCAAUCUCUUGUUGGAACGUAUUGUGUAUUAACAAAUCAAGGUGGUUUGGUUCAUCCAAGAGUUACGGUCGACGAAUUAGAUCAGUUGAGUAGCCUUCUCCAACUUCCUUUAACGGCUGGUACCGUUAAUCGAGGGAGCCCUAUUAUUGCAGCUGGACUUGUGGUCAAUGAUUGGACGGCAUUUUGCGGCCUAGAAACGACGAGCACAGAAAUUCAGGUGAUUGAAUCAAUAUUUAAGUUGGAUGGUGAUAUGAACAUUCCCGCAAUGGAUUCAAUGCAUGACGCUUUAGUUGAAAGCCUCAGCUGAUUCAUCCUUUCGGAUUUCAGAAGGACGUUGGUUCAUCAGAGUCAUAUUCUUGCAUACCUACCCACUAUUGUGUAUUUAUUUUCAAAUUAAAGACACGGCAUUUUGUUCCUCAAUGUGCAGAUGACUUGUACAACUAACUUUUACUCAUUGCUCUAAUAUAUAAAAAAUUCAAAGUUGGAUUUUUUUCUUUUUUCCACAAUCCUGG